AUGCAUAUUAGGGCAAGAGAAUCUAAAAGUUCAAUUGGAUCAGAAAUGAUUAUAUCAACAUCAUCUAAUUCUACCGAUGAUUCAGAAAUCAAUGAGAAAACGCCAACUCCAGAAAAUUCAGAUACAUUACAAUUAUCACUCAGUACAAGAAGUAGUCAAGUAAACAGUAAUCAAAUUGAAAUAGUUCGUUUGGACUCUAGACUUUCAAAAGGUGAAAUCAAACUUAGUGAUAUGAUUCGCGAAAUCAAUGAAAUAACGGUAUUAGACGAAGAAGAAGAACAGGAAGAAGAGAUCGCUGCUGUUGAGAAAACAAUACCAACUAGUAACUUUCUUCAUCAAAUUCAACAAUCUCGACGAUUUCUUAGAAGCAUCCUUAAUAAAUCAGCAUUUCAUUAUACGAUUAUCAUAUUGAUCAUUGUCGAUUUAAUUGUUGUAUUUAUUGAUUUGGUUCUUGGUGAGUAA